AUGUCAUUGCCAAGAAGAUGUAUGACCUCUGACAAAGGUACCUUUGGUGCCUAUACUGCAGAGGAACGUUGGCCAAUUAUUGUUCAAAACGCCAUAGAUGAUGUUGACGCUGAGUUGAAAGAUAUCAAGGAUCGUGGUGAUGAUUCUGAGCAGAUUUUAGAAGACGGUGAGUUGCUUAAGAAACAAUUGAUUGAGUUCCGUGAGGAAAUUUUGGCAAACACGCCAUUGCGUAAAUUUACCGAGCAAGAGAUUGCCAUUGCAAACAUUCCUUUGUCUUUCAACGAAACGUUGGAUGAAACUGCUGAUAUUAACAAGUCCUGGAUAUCAUCUGAGUGGCUAUUCACCGAAGUUUACAUGUACAGACGCAUUAACGUUUUAUUCAAGUCCAAGAAGAGCCCAUUCUGGCAGGAAUUCGAUAUCUUUGACAGAUUGAAACAGUCUACUUUCAAGGCUUCCCUUCAUGGUGUAGUAGAACUAGCUAUCAGAUACAAAAAGUUAAGCCAUGAAUUGCAAUCCUUAGAUCUUUCUUCUGGGGAAUCUCAAGAAGUUCUGAAGAUUCUUUUUAAGGAAUUCACCGAAGUUUCUCUAUGGGGUAAUGCCACAGAUCUUUCUUUGUUGACAAGCAUCUCUCUAGAGGACAUCAAAUCUAUUCAAGGAGCCAAGGCUAGAGAAGCCUCCGAAAGUAAAAUUGUGGUUAAUGAUACCGACAAAGCUUGGGAUGCAUUGAUUUCGUCCAAGCCAGGCAACAGAAGAGUUGAUUUUGUGCUAGAUAACUCUGGCUUCGAGCUAUAUGCUGACUUCUUAAUGGGAGCUUUCCUUCUGAGAUCAAAGUUGGCCUCAAAGUGUAUUUUCCAUGCUAAGGAUAUGCCAUACAUGGUAAGUGACGUAAUGAUGAAAGACUUUGAAACUUUACUGAAGGAUCUGGAAGAUCGUGACUUUUUCCCAGUUACCAGCGGUUCAGAGGAUGACUUGGCUCUAAAUGACUUGGCUACUGAUAUCAGAGAUUUCAUCAAAGAGGGCUCAUUUGAAUUCCGUACUGACAGCUUUUGGACUACCGAACUAGAUUACUGGAAUAUUGACCCAUCUGAGAAAAAGUACCACGGCGCUGAAAUACAUAACGACUUCACUAAAUCCAACUUGGUGAUCUUCAAAGGUGAUUUGAAUUACAGAAAGUUAACCGGUGAUAGGACAUGGCCACGCACAACAUCGUGGGAAGCCGCAAUUGGCCCUCUAGCACAUAACGGUGUUCCAACUUUAAGUCUGAGAACUUGUAAGGCUACUGUCCAAGUUGCGCUGCCAGAAGGCAAGGACGAAGAGCUAUCUGCAGUAUGGGAAAAAGAUCACCCAGGGCAAGGUUCUUGGUGGUGUUGUAGCGGUAAAUGGGCUGUCAUCUGUUUCUCAGACGGAAAGUAA